AUGGAGAUUAACAAUGAGGACCACGAGCUGCUAGCGGAGAUUAUGGGCCAUGGAGGUGAUGGUUCUGAGUUGUUUGGCAACGAUGCUGAUGUGUUUCUGCGAAAUGGCUCUGGGUCUGGUGAGACACAAGCAGGGAAUGCUGAUGGACUGGCGUUGUAUCCGCAGGCUACACCUGCACACCGCCAUGAGCAGAUGGCUAUGAUGAAUCAUGGGAACAGCGAGAUGCACUCCUUCCUGGACGAUAUGUUUACGAAUUCUAGUUUGGGCCAUGGACAGCCUGUUACUGAGUCAAAUCUGACCAAGAACAUGAUGGGUAACCACUACGAACAAAAUUUGGAAAGCGACAUUGCAUCAUCUUUGUACAAUAGCAGACACCCCAGUGUGAGUAUGGAGCACGGCACAGCGGGACACCCAGAAAUGCUGUUCCACCAAAACGACAACAGUAUAUCGAGUUUCUCGGAGUCGUUCUACGGGUCUUCUCUGGACUCUAGCAUUUCUGAAGUAUCCUCGAUUAACAGUUUUAUGUCUGGGAACUCGUUUCCUGCUCCUUUGCCACACCAGAUAGAUGAAAACUCUAUACUUGUGAACAAUAACAUGUCCCCCUCGGGGUUUCGUGACAGCAUAAGACCGGGGAGCUUUUUGUCGACUUCACUGCGGGCCCCAAGUUCUAUGUCCCGCCAGAUGCGCAACCCGUCAUAUAAUGACUCAGGCAUACCUAUGACUGUUGGCAGUGUGCCGAAGAAUGCAACUUCGCAUAUGACUCCUGAUGAGAAAUUGAAACGUAAGAGGGAGUUUCAUAACGCAGUAGAGCGCAGAAGAAGAGAACUAAUAAAACAAAAGAUAAAAGAACUCUCAAAGCUAGUACCACCUUCGUUGUUGAACUAUGACGCCGACGGUAAUCAAAUCAAGUCUAAUAGGGGAACAAUCCUGGAUAAGAGUGUAGAGUACCUAGAAUACUUACUAUACGUUAUAGAUAUUCAGAAGAGGAAACGGGAAGCAUUACAGGAGAAAAUUGCCCAAUUAUCGAGCUUAAGCAGUAGAACAACUGACGAUCUGGGUAUGGGACCACGCAAAAUGACUAAUUUACCCCAGAGGAUAUCUUCACAAGCUACACUUAAGGCAAACACAUUCAAUGAAGAGAAGAUAAUUGACACUAGAGGGAUCCCUGAUACAAGAGGGAUUUCAGCAUCACAGGCUCAUACAGAUAACCCAUUGGAGGAUUUCAACCAUAACCAUGUCGACUUUAAUGCCACCCACACAGAUUUCAAUAAUAAUAUUAACGAUGACUUACAGCAGUUCCUGUCAGGGGACUUAAUGGAAGCAGAAGACAACGCAAAGCUAAUGUUCAACCCGUAA